AUGAAAUCAUAUGACUUACGAAUAAAUCGACCUAAAACAGGUGAUGGAUUCUUCAAACGAUUACAUCUCGGACAAUAUACACACGACAUAUUGAUCACAGUCAAAACGAGAGGUCCAUCAAAAACUCGUUGGCUUCGUGGAAUAGCUGCUCAUAUUCAACAAGUCAUUUUCAAAGCAACAUCUGAUCGAGCUAAACGUGAAAAACGCGUUGGAAAAAUAUCGUUAUCGAAUACUGCAGUUGUACAAGCAUUAGAAAAUAUAGGUAUACAAAAGCGAUGGGUCGUCUGUCCUGACUUAAUUGAAUUACUUCAUUUAAACACGAGCUUCAUCGUUGGCGAUUACAUCAAGAAGGCCCAUCGACUCGAAUUCAAAUUAGUACACAAAGUCUGCCAUUAUUUCGACACUGAAAAUCAAUCACAACGAACGUCUGCGGCACAUUUCUUGUUUUUUCGACUACUAAAAGAAACUACUCAUACAUGUUAUCUUAACUGA